UCUGACAGCAUCCUGCCUGAGACAAAAAGGCACAAACAGAAGCGACAGCUGCUCCUGCCGUGUGUCUCAUCUGCACUUUGAAGACGAACAAGAAAUCAAGAUGUGUAAAGGACUCGCUGCCCUGCCAGCCACUUGCUUGAGGAGUGCAAAGGAUAUGAAGCAUCGUCUAGGAUUCUUGCUCCAGAAGACAGAUUCCUGCGAUCAAAAUUCUUCCCAUAGUAAGAAGGACAAAGCAUCUUCUUCCCAGAGGGUGAGCCAUGAGGAAGUCAAGAAGUGGGCUGAAUCCUUGGAAAACCUGAUUAGUCAUGACUGUGGCCUGGCUGCUUUCAAAGCUUUUCUGAAGUCUGAAUACAGUGAGGAAAAUAUUGAUUUCUGGGUCAGCUGUGAGGAGUACAAGAAGAUCAAAUCACCCAGCAAACUCAGCCCCAAGGCCAAGAAGAUCUACAAUGAAUUCAUCUCUGUCCAGGCAACUAAAGAGGUGAACCUGGAUUCUUGUACACGGGAGGAGACCAGCCGGAACAUGUUGGAGCCUACAAUAACCUGCUUUGAUGAAGCACAGAAAAAAAUCUUCAACCUCAUGGAGAAGGAUUCCUACCGCCGGUUCCUCAAGUCCCGAUUCUAUCUCGACUUGGUCAACCAAGCCAGCAGCACCUGCUGCGGAUCAGAGAACCAGAAAGGAGCCAAGUCCCCCACUUUAGACUGUCCUUUGGUCUCUCAGUGUGCCUAAACCCCAAGGGGAGGGAAGGGGGGCACUUCCAAGACUCUCAUCUGAAACCCACUAAGGCAAACUACUGAUCUGUAUUAUUAAGCAUCAGUGCUGUAAACAAAUAGUAGCCUAGUGUCCACAUCAUGUCCCCAUGACAGCACUUGCCAUCUCAGCCACUGCAGGCAUGUGCAAUGGUUCAUUCACCUGUAGAUGUUCGAUUUCAGUGUUUAAAUGUCUGUUUGUCCUGGCAUUUAUCAGGGCAGGAACAUCAUCCAGGUCCCCUUUUCCCUAUAUUCCCUUUAAGGUUGCCAUCUGAUUCUCUAAAAUUCAUUGUCAAGGCCUUAAGAGCUUUUUGUCCAGCUCUUUGAUCCAGGGCUGACAGCCCUACAUUGUGUGGUAUCCAUAUGUGCAUAUGUAUGCUGUUAGUCAAUGCUUUAUGCUGUAGAUUUUGUAUGAGGGUGACCUAUAUCAUAUAUGCAGACACAGCUCUAAGAAGAGAAAAAAAAAAGGACCCUAGGUGCUCAGAACUACAGUAUGUGUGUGUGUGUGUGUGUGUGUGUGUGUGUGUGUGUGUUUGUCACAGGUGAUCAUUGUGCUUUUAUCCUGAAUUUGAAUGGAGAAAACCACAGCCACCCUUUUCCCUUUGCUAGCCAAGCUUAUAAAGAAACCUUCAAGAAACUGCAUGCUGAAUUUUUACCAAGCUCUAUGAAGAUAGAGACUGAAAUGCUCUCUAACUUACCUUAUUGGACAGAGCAAAAGGGAAGUAUGAAUGGCUGUUGGGGCCAGACUUAACCCUUACUUUGUUUCAUUACCCCUCUGCUCAGCCUACAAAGCCCCAUGUGCCCACUUCUCUUAGGCACCAGACUACAAGAUAAUCGUCCAUCAUUUUCUUUGCACAGGGCUUUAUUAAACACGCAGGUGUUUUUUCAUGUGCUUCUUAAAUGACGGCAUUGGAGACAGAGAUGGAGGAGUAUUUGGACUAAGAAGAAAGGAAGCUCAGGUGUUUGCAGACCUACUUACCAAAAGCAGCGUUCUGUCCAAUCCAAAUUCUGGUCAAUGAUCAAUCCGUAAGAUCCGAGUGAUAUUGCAGAAUUCAAAAUGCUCUUUCCCAUCUCUGUCCAAGGUACUCCACGUUUUGUUUCUUUCUGGUGACAAUGCACACUCAAUGAAAAGGAAUCUUAGAGCUGGGAGGGACUUGUUCCUUCCUAUUUAGCCCAGCCCCCUCAGUUUAUAGCUGAGGAAAGUGAAGCUUGGGAAGGAUGGAGUGACUUACCCAAUCCAAUAAGAUAAUAUAUGUGAAAGUGCUUUGUGAAAAUCAUUUUAUUUAUUAUUAAUUGUUAAUCUCAUCCUCCAAGGUCCCUCAGCUAGUUCUUGCAUACAAUUGCUGUAGGUUUGGUCAUACCUCUCAAGAAGGGGAAAGUUUCAGUUUCAUAAAGGAAAGGGAAAGUGGUAUGGCACAUCCCAAAUCCCCUGAGCAAAUUUUCUUUGGGAGUUUGGACCCUUUGAUUUUUUCCCUUUUCCAUUCCCAUGUGUAGCCUGCACAUAAGGUCUGGCCCUGCCCACCUAGGAACAUGGCAGGAUCUUGGAUCACGAGGCAAGAAGAAAAUCCCUACAGUUGGCAACUACUGUUUGGAAUCUGUGGGCAGGCUGAAUACUUGAAGACUUCUCAUUUUUGUUAUUUAUGACUUUGUUUUAUAUAAUGUUUAUUAUUGUUAUGUUUUCUAAGUACAAGGUGUUUUGUCAAUAACCUUUGAAUGGUUGGGGGACUAAUUUUCUUCUCAUUCUUCUGGAGCUGCCAUUUUAAAUAUGUAACCAUAUUUACAGAUAUAUGUGUAGAAAUACAUAUAUAUUAAAAAAUUCUUUCCAAAUUUUCGUAUGCACAAGCACACUUUUGACUUCUGAGUCGCUCCCUCAAGCUGUAAGAUGAAGACAAGAGAAUAAGUUUGUGAUGUGCCUGUGUGUAUGCCCAUCUAAUACCAUUUUGUAUUAGAGAGACAGGUUCUUUACAUUGUAUACUCUUAGUCUCUCUGGCAGUCACAUUUACACUUCUUUCCUGAUCUCCCACUCCUGAAGGAUGUCCUUUGGACUCCACUCUGUCCCUCACAUCCUCCUUGCUCUACUCCCUACCCCCUUCCUACUCCAUGUUGGACUCCAGGACUAGAGUCCCCAACCUACAACUACUCUGGUUUAUUGUAGUUGUCUUGAGGUGUAUUCUUGAACUGGUACUUUGUGGGGGAUAGAGACUGGGGGCUACCCAGGAGAUCAUCCAGAAUGAGAAUUAUUUUAUGUAAGAUUUUUGGAAGUGUGGCUUUCCUUUGUAUUUUCCCCUCAACUCCAGAUUCCAUCUGGCAUAAUGAGCUUGAUUACCAGUGAUCCAUGCAAAGACCACUCCUUCGAAACUGUGCAUGAUUCCCCUUGAUACCCUCUCUGUGCUGUGCAGCAAAUACCAUACAAUUCAAUGCCGAUGCUUCCAGUGGGGGAAAAAAAAUUGAUAUUUUAUUA